CUUGGGUCAGUGGUAAAGGUGGAAACAUGUGAAGUACUUGAGGUAGAUAUAUACACGAUAAAUUGGAACGGCGCGACUUAGAAAAAACAUCCUUGAUCUUUUAUGCUUGUUCGCGCCGGAAUAGGAGAAGAGCGAGUAGGACCUCUUCCUUGGCCUUCCUGUGCACCAAUCUGGCAAAGAUCAAUGAAUCAGGGCUCAUCAAGUGAUGGUGUCGGUUGUCAAGAUUAGCAUCGACAAUGCAUCACUCAUGAAGACAAUCCGGUGUUCCAAAUAUUGUGUGCUUGCUCCAACAUCCACGUUGCCCCGAUCCUUGGCUCGGUGGACACUGACAUCACGCAUGGCCACAUCCCCCAACCAGUGUGUCACGAAGCAGUCACCAUAUAUACACCGCUCCUCACUGAGCUAGCUCAGCGCCGUGCACACACCGAGGCAAGAGGACACAACACCACCGCUCCAAUGGAUCACUCCACCUCCCUUCUCCGGUUCAUCUUCCUCUCCCUCGGCGCCGCCCUCAUCCUCCUCGUGGUCCGCUCCGCCUUCCGCCUGCCACGCGGCAUCGACACGUCGACAGCCUCUCUCUUGGACGCCGCCGCCGCCGCGGGCAGCGGCUGCACCCGGUUCGCGCCGUGGGGGUGCCGCCAGGCCAACCGGAUGACGAAGCCGAAGCCGCCGUCACACGAGGACGACGUGCCGCGGCACCCGCUGGACCCGCUGACGAUCGGUGAGAUCAACCGCGCGCGCGAGCUCCUCCGCGCGCACCCGCCUUUCGCGUCGUCGCCGUCAUCCCUGUUCGUGCACUCGCUGGCGCUUGACGAGCCGGAGAAGGCCGUCGUCCUGGGCUGGCGGAAGGGCGACCCGCUGCCUCCCCGCCACGCCGUGGCGGUCGUCCGGUUCCGCGGCGAGGCCUCCGUGCUCGCCGUUGACCUCGCCGGCAGCGCCGUGACCCCUCUCCCCGUCCCCGCCUCCGGGUACCCGACCAUGACCAUGGACGAGCAGGUGUCACUCUGCUUCGCGCCGUUCGCUGACCCCAAGUUCAACGCCACCAUCCGGCGGCGCGGCGUCCGGAUGUCCGACGUCGCGUGCCUGCCCAUCUCCCUCGGGUGGUACGGCCCCACCGAGGAGAACCGCCGGCUGAUCAAGGUUCAGUGCUUCUCCGCCGAGGGCACGGCCAACUUCUACAUGCGCCCCAUCGAGGGCCUCACCGUGCUGGUCGACAUGGACACGAGUGAGGUCGUCCACAUCUCCGACCGCGGCGCCGGCAUCCCGAUCCCGGACGCCGCCAACACCGACUACCGCCUCGCACGCCACAUGCAGGAACGACAAGAUGCUGGCCUCGGGUACCAGAAGGUGCGCGCGCCGUCGAUGGAGCCGGCGCCGUCGGGCCCAGGCGUCGAGCUGGUGGACGGGCACACGGUGCGGUGGGGCGGGUGGGAGCUCCACCUGAAGGCGGAUGCGCGCGCCGGCAUGGUGGUGUCGCGCGCGCGGGUGCAGGACCCGGGCACGGGCGCGCACCGGGAGGUGAUGUACAAGGGCAUGGCGUCGGAGCUGUUCGUGCCGUACAUGGACCCCUCCGAGGCGUGGUACUUCAAGACGUACAUGGACGCCGGCGAGUACGGCUUCGGGCUGCAGGCCAUGCCGCUGGUGCCGCUCAACGACUGCCCGCGCCACGCGCAGUACGUCGACGGCGUCUUCGUGGCCGCCGACGGCCGGCCCUACGUGCGCGGGAACAUGAUCUGCGUCUUCGAGCGGUACGCCGGCGACGUCGCGUGGCGACACUCAGAGAGCCCCAUCACCGGCAUGGACAUAAGGGAGUCGCGGCCGAAGGUGACGCUGGUGGCGCGGAUGGUAGCGUCCGUCGCCAACUACGACUACAUCAUGGACUGGGAGUUCCAGAUGGACGGCCUCGUCCGCAUCAAGGUUGGGCUCAGCGGCAUCCUCAUGGUGAAGGGCACGGCCUACUCGCACCUAAGCGAGGCCAGCGAGAACGAGGACAUGCACGGCACGCUCCUCUCCGAGAACGUCAUCGGCGUCAUCCACGAUCACUACGUCACCUUCCGCCUCGACAUGGACGUCGACGGCACCGACAACUCCUUCGUGCGCGUCGAGAUGGCGCGCCAGGAGACCGGCCCCGGCGAGUCCCCCCGGAGGAGCUACCUCAAGGCCACCCGCCACGUCGCGCAGACCGAGAAGGAUGCCCAGGUGCGCCUCAAGCUCUACCAGCCGGAGGAGUUCCACGUCAUCAACCCGACCAAGAAGACGCGCGUCGGCAACCCCGUCGGUUACAAGGUCGUCCCCGCCGGCACCGCCGCCAGCUUGCUCGACCCCGAGGAUCCGCCGCAGAAGAGAGGCGCCUUCACAAACAAUCAGAUAUGGGUGACACCCUACAACAAGAGCGAGGAAUGGGCAGGUGGUCUGUUCGUGUACCAGAGCAAAGGGGAGGACACGCUGGCCACUUGGUCCGAGAGGGACCGUCCGAUCGAGAACAGGGAUCUGGUGCUGUGGUACACUCUGGGAUUCCACCACAUCCCCUGCCAGGAGGACUUCCCCAUCAUGCCCACCGUGUCCUCCAGCUUCGACCUCAAGCCCGUCAACUUCUUCGAGAGCAACCCCAUCCUCAAGCAGCGGCCGACCGAGGACGACGACCUGCCGGUCUGUGCCGCCGCCGCUAGAUGAGUGCGCGCUGUCGCGACACCGUCCAUCAGCGGCCGUGGACGCGUGUUCCCCUGUGCCUGUUAUGUACCGUUGGGCAUGUAGCCAUGUCCCUGUGCUCGUGCUAGUAGCUAUAGUAUGUGAUGCAGCUGCGUCAUCUCCUCUGCCAUGUAUGACCAAACUAAAUGAGGACUUUGAGUCAAUGCAUUGCAUAUCAGUUGCGACGACGUCUAUCUCCAGGAGCCCUGCAGAUUUAUACUCCCUCCGUUCUCACAUGCAAUUAGUUUAUUUUAAGCUAGAUAGCUUGUCCUAAACAUCAUAUAUUUAGAGAGAUAGUACACAUUAGCAAACUAAA